AUGCCAUUCUGGGAAAACGUGUCUUCGACCACUUCCACUAAAGACGGCAUUCCUCUUCCUGGUCUGAUAGGGGAUGGAGCAGCUAAAAUCAUCCUCGUCGUCCACCUCGUUGUCAUGGGUCAAAUCGUCAGCGUGUUCGGUAUCAUCGCAAACACUAUCAACAUCGUCGUUUUCUUCAAACAAGGCUUCAAUGAGAGCACCACCAUCAGCUUAUUUGCUCUCGCUGUAGGUGACUUGUGUGCUCUAUUGAUACUGCAGUGGUUCACCCUCUGUAUUAACCCUUGGUUUUCCCAACUCCCACUCUCAUUUAGCCCUCUUGAGAUCCAGAGUCUCACAGCCGGCUAUCCACGAAUCUGUUUUGUUCGCAUUACGGGCUGGAUCACAGCCUUUGUGGCCUUUGAACGUUGUCUUAGCGUCGUCGUUCCUCUGAAGGUAAAGUCUAUCAUCACCACAAGGGUCGCUGCUCUCGUCAAUAUUCUCGUGUUUUUCUUCUCGUUUUGCAGCAUGGUACCAGUCUACUCUACCGCCUACUAUGACUGGAAGUUCUACCCUCAACAAAACCGAUCCCUUAUGGGUAUUUUCUUCACCACAAACAAAGACGCAGUCCUCGGGGUUUCUCUAUUCAUUACUGACUUCUUUGGACCCCUAACUUCCUUCACCAUUGUCAUAAUCUGCACUUGCGUCAUCAGCCUUGAGUUACGUAAAAAAGCAAAAUGGCGGCAUCACACUUCCAGCAAAGCGAUAAUUUCCGGUCAGAAGAAUUUUGGGAAGGAGAACCGAGUGGUCAUCAUGGUGACGAUUAUUUCUAUUCUUUUUAUCGUCUCAGCUACCCCAAUGACUGCUUCACUGACCGCCAGAGCUCUCAUUCCGGAACUGAACAUCAUUGGACGUUACAAAAAUCUCUCCUGGUUGUCAGCCUCGGUCAGUUUCCUUAUGGAGACAGUCAACUCAAGUGUCAACAUAUUUGUCUACUACAGAAUGAGCACCAAGUGGGUCAGACAUCUGAACAAUGGACCAGAAGAAGAGGACGAGGAGUCGUCCACGAGCUCAUCAGACAGGUCUCGACUAGGUCGGCCUCCAAGCAGAGUGAACAUCACCAACAAGAAAGAGGCACGGAAGCAGAGAUGA